AUGCCGGUGCUCGCUCCAAGCAAUACCGCCACCUCUUCUAGAAAAGGUUUCAAGAAAGGUGUUUCUCCAACUCCGAAGAAGCAAGGUGGGGGCGUAAAUGCAAAAGAUUCCGCGGAGAGUGGCGAUAACAACGGGGAAGUGCCACAGCGGGUCCGGGCCGAUGUCGGUGUGCCUUCUGAGGCGCGGGGCCCCAUGAACACGAUCUUCAAAGGCAUCUUCACCAAGGACGUCUUCCAGCGCAUCGCAGGCGAGACCUCGCGCCUGGCACACUACAACAGGCGCUCGGCAAGUGCAUCCCAGGAGAUCCACACGGCCAUGCGCCUGUGGCUGCCUCACCAACUGGCCAAGCACACUGGGUCUGAGGUCACCAAGACCACCACUAAGUACACCAGUACCAAGCGAGCGUGA